AUGCACACCACUCUUCCCAAAAGUGGUUCCCCUUUCGGCCCUGGUGCCACCAGCCUGGGGCUGCUCUGGCAGGUGGAGCAGCCAGUGGAGGUCCUCGAGGCCACCAUGGGCGUUUUUGUUUUCUUUUCGGGGAACAUUUACCUGGUUCUGCACAAUGGGCUGGAGGUGCAAGCCCUUCACCUGUGGGUGGGCCAGGACUCCUUGCACGAUGAGCAGGGCACCUGCGUCCUCCUCUCCACCCAACUGAGCUCACUGCUGGGCAAGCACCCUGUCACCCACCACAAGGUGCAGGGCAAUGAGUCCAACCUCUUCAUGGACUGCUUCCCCCGCAGCCUCACCUACCAGACCUUCAUCAAUGUCCUGGAGCGUAGCAGGACACAGGAGCUGGCUGCUGCCCUCUGGGACAGUGAGCAGGGUGGCAAAGCAUGCCUGGAGAUUGUGGCUGAUGGCAAGGAGCCACCCGAGAUGGUCCAGGUACUGGGACCCAAGCUCCCCUUGCAGGAGGGCAGCCCUGAGGAGGACGUGGUGGCUGACCAGAGCAACAGGGGCGCGGGAUACAAGGUGUCAGAUGCAACAGGGUGCAUGGACCUGACCAAGGUGGCCAUGAGCCUGUUCUGCCCUGAUGACUGCUUUGUGUUGGACAGUGCUGCUGGUGGGAUGGUCUUCGUCUGGAAAGUUGCCCAGGGAUGGGGACAGAGGGCCAACAAGGGGGAACACUAGGUGACUCUGAGGGUGGCUGAGGAGGUGAUCGCUCACAUGGGCCACCCACCUGAGACACAGGUGGAAAUCCUGUCCUAGGGCCAUGAGACACCCUUCUUCAAGCAGUUCUUCACCAGCUGGAAAUGA